UUUCAUUUAGGGUCAAAUGAGACCAGAAGUGAAGAAAAGGUAGUAAGUUACUGAUCAAAGAUUAUCAAUGGAGAACGAGGAAGGAACACGAACCUGCAAACAAUGUCACAAACAGGUUGCAGAAGCCAACUUUGCUCUUCACGAAACUCACUGCAGCCGCUUCCUGUGUGUCUGUCCUGACUGUGAUGAAGCAGUUCCCCGGGAUCAACUUAAACAACACAGAGAGGAGCAGCACACACAGGUGAGAUGCUCCAAGUGUCACCAGAAGAUGGAACGCUGUCACCUGCCGGAUCAUGAGACUGAUGAAUGUGUGGAGCGUCUGGAGAGCUGCAACUUCUGCGAGCUGGAGAUGCCGUUCAAGGAGCUAAACGAACACAGUCUGGCCUGUGGUAGCCGCACCGAGCUCUGCAGGGACUGCGGUCGCUACGUCACCCUGAGGGACCAACCCAAGCACGCUUUGACCUGCUCAGAAACCGACAACACCAAACGGCCCCUUCAGAGUACCAGAAAAUCACCACCAAUCAAUGCAAAAAUGACUGUCAAGUGUAGAAAGUGCUCUGCAUCAUUUCCACAGGAGGCUAUAAAGAAGCAUGAGCUGCUGUGUAUUCUUGCAACAAGCCGGGAUGACAAAGAGCCUGAGUCAGAGAAAAAAGGGGGGCAGAAGGAGGAUUACUCCAAACAGGAGGCUUCUACUCGACUAAACGGAGCCUACAAGGCAACCUAUCUGUCAGACAGAGCAGGCAACGGUCCCUGGGGUGGUGGAGGUGACCCCUACCAGAUCAGCACCUGCCCCCAUUGUCACCUGGCUUUGCCCCUGCCCACACUGCGCAGGCAUGAGGUGAAGUGCAGAGUUCAUGUGCUCCUCAAUUAAAGAAGAGAAGAAGCAAUGAACAGUGAAUCAGCUGCCCAAGGGAUGGGUGAUGAGUUAGAACUCCUAAAGUGCAACGAUAAAACGAGGUUUUUUUUCUUUUAUGUUUAAAUGAAGGUUUUCAUUGUUUUGGGUGGUGAGUAACUGCAAGAGAAGUUUGCAGUCUGUUUAAAUGUAAGGAAUGUACAAAAUAUUUAUCAUCCCCCUGUUUCCUCUCAGCAACUGAAAAGACCAAGGACAGUAAAUGUAGAGUGGUAUUGCAUCUUAUUUAAAAAAUAACAUUUUAUCACUAAAAGCUGUCAGCAGAGGUGGUUCACAUCAACUGUUUACAGUCCAACAUUAUCUUUGGGUAUAAUAAUAACUAAAGGUCUAAUUGAUUUAACAUCCAUCCACCUUCUUCCGCUUAUCCGGGGUCAGGUCGCGGUGGCAGUAGGAGAAGCAGGUCAACCCAGACGUCCCUCUCCCCCACAAUACUUUCCACUUCCUCCUGAGGGAUUCCAGGGCGCUCCCAAGCCAGAAGGGAUAUAUAAUCCUUCCAGCAAGCUCUGGGUUUGCCUUGGGGUCUCCUCCCAGUAAGAUAUGCCUGUAAGACCUCCACAGGAAGGCGCCCAGCAGGCAUCCUGAUCAGAUGCCCGAACCACCUCAGCUGGCUCCAUUCAUGGCAUCCAUGAAGGAGCAGUGGUUCUACCCCGAGAUCCUUCGGGGUUGUCCAAGCUCCUCACCCUAACUUUAAGGCUGAGCCCGGCCACCCUCCUAAGGAAUCUCUGACUACUUGUAUCCACGAUCUCAUUCUUCACCAUAGGUGAGGGUUGGGACAUAGAUCAAACGGUAAAUCAAAAGCCCUGCCUUUCAGCUCAGUGCUCUCUUCACCACAGUGGUAGAGUGAAGCGCCUGCAAAACUGCUGACACUGCACCAAUCGAUCUCCCUGACAAUCUCACGGUCCAUUCUACCCUCACUUAUGAACAGAGAAUUUAGCUAUCAGUACCUAUGAGUGACCAAUUAUGUUUUAAAAUCUUUUAGUAUGGUCCAGUGCACCGGCAUAUUUUCACCAUCCAUCGUCUUUCAAGUUGCUGAUCUGUGAGGUAGUGAAGAAAUUCAGAGCAGUAUGGCAUUAAGCUUUUAAAGCAAUAGUAUGUAGGAAAUCUGUGGUGGACUUCAGUGCCUUACAAAGGUCUCAGUCCUUAUGCUGCUUCCCUCCUAGACAACAUGCAUUUGUUGACCAACAGCUGAGGGUGGCAAAACUGGUGAAAUAAUUGCAAGAGGCCAAAUCAUGUUAACUGACAAGGUGCAGCAACCCCCAAAAUUCCACAUACUCCAUCUGCACAGUGAUCUGUCCUUGAAGUGCCAUAAGGUGAAAAUUGCACUUUCUAUUCAGUCUUUGCACUUCCACUAGCAUUUGUCUAUGUCAUUUCCCAAACCACAGGGAGCAUGUGCAAAGCAUCAAAUGAGCCUCAAAGUACAACAAAUUACCCAGACUCCUGGAUGUAUUGCAUCACUGUAUCUGCAUUAUUUUUCAUCAUUUGGCAUUUGGUCAUAGAGUCACAGCUAUAACACAACUCAGGGGACAAGGAAAAAAACAUUUGGGUGGAAACCACAUGGUUUUCAUAUGAAGCACUUUCUGUCAAGAAAACAAAAACCUUUUAACUUGCUAAUGUACUCACCCAUAGUAGAAGCAAAAAUGUCCAGAAACUUGUCUAGCGCGUGCUAUCCAUCGGCGAAUUGCUUCACGCCCAAAAUGUGGCGCAUGCAGAGUAUGUGUAAUUUGAGGGUAUUGCUGUAUUUGGUGCAAAUAUGACUCUUCAAGCAUCUACACUCCAUUGUUAGCAAACUGUGAGCAUGUUGGGUAAGUGCAUGUAUAUUUAACAGUGGCCAUGAUGGCAAAAUGCUGUGGGUUAAUGGCUACGUUAGAGAGACCAAUUUAUUUGACACUAGAUGAGAGAGGUUUGUGAGGUUCAAAAUUAGAAAGCUAACUCGAAGGCUGAAAAAGAAAGAAGUUGGAGGCAAGCCUUGGUAAGAUGACUGACAGCAAUGACACAGAUUAUGAGCUUCAUCCAUCAUUGUCCUCCAGUACUUAGAUGGCACAAGUUUACACAGUGCUCAAAGCAGCUAGCCACAGCACUCUGUGAAAGUGGGGUAGACACCAUACUCCCUGUUUCAAGUUAUUUUACUAUUAGAUCAACCUUGAAACUUCAGUUUUUAAGUAGAAGGUUAUUGCUGUUUUAAACCAUGAAUGCGAUGUCAAAGAAAUGGGUAUGACUGGUGAAUACUCUGUAUUUAAAUAAACUUGACACUCCUGAUAACUUCAAAAGGUAUGACUUGUCAUAAUAUUAAAGUUGCCUUCAUUAAACUGGUGUUUUGAGUGACUCAGAAAGGACACAAUUUAAAAAAAUUGAUAUAUUUAUCAGACACAAGUUUCAAUUGGCAUAAGUGUUAUGUUUUAUUUUAGAA